ACCCUUAGAACAAAGAGAAACAGAAGAGCACACGCCACUGUCUUGCUUUACCUUCUUACAAUUUAGUGAUAUCGAUCAUUGGUUUUGUUGCAAGCCCAGCAUGGCUUCAUUGCAAGAACCAUGGCUUUUGGAGAAUGGCAACCUUAAGGGCUCAAGCAAGGAGAUGAGACAUGGAAGGACUGCACACAACAUGUCAUCCUCAUCAUUGCGCAAAAAAUCAGACCUCACUCUUGUGUCAAAAGUUAAAUGUGGAAUGCUUAGACUCUUGUUAACUAAUCUUCAAGAGGUCAUUUUGGGGACAAAACUUUCAGUUCUUUUUCCUGCCAUUCCACUGGCCAUUGCUGCUCAAUGCUAUGGCUUUGGGAGACCCUGGAUUUUUGCUCUGAGCUUACUUGGACUGACCCCACUUGCCGAACGUAUCAGCUUUAUAACAGAGCAAAUUGCUUAUUACACCGGCCCAACAGUGGGAGGGCUACUGAAUGCAACAUGCGGCAAUGCUACAGAACUGAUAAUAGCAAUUUUUGCACUGUGGCAACACAAAGUAGAAGUGGUGAAAUAUUCACUCUUGGGUUCCAUACUAUCAAACCUACUAUUAGUUCUUGGCACCUCGCUCUUCUGUGGUGGCAUUGCCAACCUUGGAAAGGAACAAAAAUAUGAUAGGAGACAAGCUGAUGUGAACGCACUGCUUCUGCUUUUGGCAUUGCUGUGCCAUAUGUUGCCACUUUUGUUUCGGAUUUCUGGAGCCUCCGCUUCCCUCACUGCAGUCCCAACACUGCAGUUGUCGAGAGCAAGCAGCAUUGUAAUGCUGGUUGCAUACAUUACAUACAUCAUUUUUCAGUUAGUGACACACCGACAAUUAUUUGAAGCACAAGAGGAUUCAGACGAAGAUGAUGGUGAUGUGAAUUCAGAAGAAACACCUGUGAUAGGCUUCCGGAGUGGAAUAGUUUGGCUGGUUGGAAUGACUGCUGUCGUAGCCUUGUUGUCAGAAUAUGUUGUGGGGACAAUCGAGGAUGCUUCAGAAUCUUGGGGCCUUUCUGUCAGCUUCAUUAGCAUUAUCUUGCUGCCAAUUGUUGGGAAUGCGGCUGAACAUGCUGGAGCAGUCAUUUUUGCUUUUAAAAACAAGUUGGAUAUAUCUUUGGGUGUUGCACUAGGUUCUGCUACUCAAAUUUCUUUGUUUGUGGUUCCACUCUGUGUAGUUGUUUCUUGGAUGUUGGGCAUUAAUAUGGAUCUUAAUUUCAAUCUCCUUGAGACUGGUGCUCUUGCUAUAUCAAUAAUCACCACAGCCUUCACCUUACAGGAUGGUACUUCUCAUUACCUGAAAGGAUUGACUCUAUUGCUGUGCUACGUUGUUAUUGGAGCAUGCUUUUUCGUAUCCAAAACACCACUGAACCACGGAAACGUCAUCAACUUGGGUGUCAAUUCCGAGGUCGGAGUCAUCACAGCUUAACAGGGCUUGGCCUUUUUAGGGUUGCUCUCUGAAUGAAGAUCACAGCAUCAAAACAUCACCAACAGAUUGAAUGAAUUUGUUAUUCUUUCAUUUUGCUCCACCUGUCCUGGCCUGCAUGCCUGCCUGAAAGCAAGCAAUAUUUUGCAUUUUGCUUGUCCAUGAUGUACUUGUUAUCCCUUCAAAGCUGAAAUGCCAGGCACCAUUGUGGCUUUAAGAAUACAGGCCACAGCUUAUGUAAUGUAUAGAUUUCUGGGUGUUUUUGCAACCGAGUUUUUGUAUCUUAUGCCACUAUAUAGAAGGUGGCAUAUGGCACAAGGGUUAUAUAUUCAGUACUCUUGUAGCAAAAUAAUUAGUCAAUGAGAAGAGUUGUUUGUGUUUGCAGCUUGAUUAA